CUUCUCCCAUCACCGCAGCUAGCUUCAAGAAUUGGCUGCUGAAGUCUACACGUCCAACCUGUCGCCAUGUCUGGCUACGAGGGCAAGUCUUUCGAACACAAUAUCCCUACAAAGGAAGACAAACCCGAUCAGCACGAACACUCUCGCCGGCCUGAUCUGUCCACCUUUUUCAGCACCUUGGAACUUGUAGACACCUCAAAUCCGAACGAUCACCGCAACGCGAAUGCUCAACCACAGCCGGAGAACACGGCGGCGGCCUUUCGCUUGCUGGCGAAUGCAUUCGAGAUGAUGCGCGGCCCCGAGGAACGGGAUAACAACACUGGCGGGGGGGAGGACUUGCUGGGCAACAUGAUUGAGUACCUGAGGCAGAACGCUGAUGACCCACCGAGCGAGCUCAAGGGUGUGCCAGAUAGUUUCCUGGAUGAGCUGGAGAGGGUACCGAACAAGUCCUUGAAACCCUCCGAUACAUGUCCGAUCUGCGUCAAUCCUUUCUUGGAAGAUCAGUACCCCCUCGUGGUGCAAUUGCCCUGUCACAAAGAUCAUUACUUCGACCUAGACUGCAUACGACCGUGGCUCAAGUUGAACUCUACAUGCCCAUUAGACCGCAAGGAGCUGCUGAAGCCAAAACAACCUCCGCCACCGCCAGAUGAUGACGAGGAGGAUUACGAUGAUAUGUACGCAUGA